AUGUACAAACCUGGCUCAGCUCCAAUAACAGUUUUGUUUUAUGAUGAUCUGGUUUCAAUUUUGGAGUACUUAACAAUUUUAAACUCAGACAUCUUAUUGAAGGGUGACUUCAAUUUGCAUGUUGAGAGAACUUCUGAUCCCCGAUCUAUUCGUAAAUCAUGUCAACGUUCCUACACAUAUCCUAGGAGAAAUUUGAUGCAAGCAGGAGAUAGAUUGACGUUGGCAGUGUACUACUUGUUCAGCAACCAGUUUGGGAGGGUGGACAUAUUCAACAGACAGCAGGCAGGUUUCAGUAGGAACUUACUUUUUAUUUUUAAAGUUACUUUAAACCAGAACGUUGGAGUCCGGUGA